AUGCGCAUCAAGGAGGUCACCAUCGAUGGCUUCAAGAGGUGAGGGGGAGAGGCAGGGAGAGAGAGAGAGAGAGAGGGAGAAACGAGGCGCAUACAUUCUCACCCCUUGGCUGACCACUCCUCGCGCCCUCCCUACAGCUACCCGGUGCGCACCAACAUCAAAGACUUUGACCCUUCCUUCAACGCCAUUACAGGUCUCAAUGGAAGCGGCAAGAGCAACAUCCUCGACGCCAUUUGCUUUGUACUCGGCAUCACCAAUCUGUCUGCCGUGCGCGCCACCAACCUGCAGGAUCUCAUCUACAAGCGCGGUCAAGCGGGUGUUACUCGAGCAUCCGUCAGCAUCAACUUUGACAAUACCAAUCGCUCGCAGUCGCCCGUAGCGUUUGAGAAUGCCAACGAGAUUGUCGUCACUCGGCAGAUUGCCAUGGGUGGACUGUCCAAGUACAUGAUCAACGGUCAAAAGGCAACGCAGCAGGCCGUGCAGAACAUGUUCCAGAGCGUUCAGCUCAACAUCAACAAUCCAAACUUUCUCAUCAUGCAGGGCAAGAUCACAAAGGUGCUCAACAUGAAGCCCCAGGAGAUUCUCAGCAUGAUGGAGGAGGCUGCUGGCACGCGCAUGUUUGAGGACCGCAAGGAAAAGGCCAUCAAGACCAUCACAAAGAAGGAGCAAAAGGUCAAGGAGAUUACGUCGGUGCGUACGCGUGGUCACGUCGCCCAGCGCAUACAUGCUGACAUGGACGCUCUAUUCAGAUCCUCACGGAAGAGAUUACGCCCAAACUGGACAAGCUGCGUGAGGAGAAGCGCUCAUUUUUGGAAUACCAGCGUGCGACAUCGGAGCUGGAGAGAUUGACGCGUCUAGCCAAAGCGCACGAAUGGCAGUCCCUCAGAGCGAGGUGCGAGGAAAAGACGUCUGCACUGUCUGAGCGCAGGCGGCAAGUCGAGGCGCAACAGGCAAAUGUCGACGCCUUGCGCAAGCACAUUGCCGGCAUAGAAGGUGAAUUGGAGGGCAUCGAAACGAGGCGCGAAAAGGAACUCACCAAGGGCGGCAAGAUGCAAGCAUUGGUGGAAAGGUCCAAGGCUAUGGCGCAUCAACUCGUCAAGGACAGGACGCAGCUCGAUUUCAAGGUCGCGAGCGUGGAUGAAGAGGCGAAGAGUGUGGCCCAGAAUCGGGACAGCUUGGACGCGCUGCGCAAAUUGCACGCGGAAAAGGUGGGCGCACUGGAAAGCGUGUCUGGCAGCUUUGCCACCCUCAAGGCUACCUUUGACGAAGAGGUCGCCGCAUUGGAGAGGCAAGACGAGUUGCUGCAGACCUUGCUGACCGGUAUGGGAUCCAAGACGAGCGAUGGCGCCAAGCAAGGUGGCUAUAUGGGCCAGCUCGCCGAUGCUAGAGAGCAAGAAGCUGCGCUGGGCACCGAGAUUGAACAAGCCAAACUGCGCAUCGGACACUUGGAAAAGGAGUGCAAGAGCAAGGAGCCGCUGGCGAAAAAGGCCGAGAAAGAAGGCGCAAGUCUGAUCGAGGAGCUCGAGACGGCGAGAUUCACCGCUGCGAAGCUCUCCGACAAGCUCGCUGCUCUCGGCUGGGAUGAGGGGAAAGAGCAAUCUCGGGCAAACAGCAAGUCGACGCUCACUUUGCGCCUGUCUGCGCUGUACGAGCAGAGGGAUCGACUCAAGUCGCGCUUGGCGGGCACGGAUUUCAGCUAUGCCGAUCCGGAGCCCAAUUUUGAUCGGAACAGGGUCAAGGGGCUUGUUGCGAGUCUUGUUGAUCUGGACGAGGACAAGCAUAAAUACUCUACCGCGCUGGAGAUCUGCGCUGGCGGCAGGCUGUACAAUGUCGUCGUCGAAGACGAAAAGGUGGGCUCGCAAUUGCUGGCCAAGGGUCAGCUCAAGAAGCGCGUCACGCUGAUACCGCUAAACAAGAUCAGCAAUACAAUUGCCGCUUCUCAACGCAUCGGCGCCGCUCAAAAGCUGUCUCCCGGAAAAGUCGAGUUGGCCCUGCAUCUCAUCGGCUACGAGGAGCAAGUCUCGGCAGCGAUGGCCUACGUGUUUGGCAAUACUCUUGUCUGCGAGGAUGCGGAUACCGCCAAAAGGGUCACCUUUGACGACGCGGUCAAGAUGAAGAGCGUCACGCUCGAUGGCGACGUGUACGAUCCGGCGGGUACAUUGUCCGGCGGCAGCAAACCUCAGUCGGGCGGCUUGCUGGUCAAGAUGCAGGAGCUGAAUGCCAUCGACCGGGAGCUGAAGGAUGUUAAACGUGAGCUGGCGCGUAUCGAUGGGGAGAACAAGGCAGCACAAGAUCAGUUGGCGACGUAUUCGAGAUUGAAGCGGGAGCUAGACCUUCAGCAGCACGCCGUGCAACUUCUCGAGGGCAGGAUGCAGAAUAGCAACGCCACGCGAAUCAUCACGGAAGUGGACACGCUCAAAAAGGGGAUUGCCGGGUUGCGCCAGAGCAUAGAAGCGGCCAAGACGAAGCAACAGACGGCGAGCGCUGAAGCAAAGCGGUUGGAAAAGGAGAUGGGCGAGUUUGAAAGGAACAAGGACAGCAAGUUGAAUCAACUCAAAGCCGACAUUAAGAAGCGAAGAGCAAGCGUGCAAAAGAAUGGCACCGAUGUCAAGAUACGCCAAAGCGAAGUGCGGACUCUUGAAUUGGAGUUGGAGCAGGCCGCCUUGGAGGUGCAAAAUGCGAAAAAGUCUCUCGAGGAGGCGAGCGCGCAGCUUCAGCGAAGCAAGUCGGAAUUGUCUGGCAUGCAGGCUGCGUUGAGGGACUUGCAGGUGCGUUGCUGUCCCGUCGAUGUUGCCGCCGCCGCAUCGCGCUGACGUACUUCUGUCGCGCAGACCGAGGCAGACUCGUUGGAGGCCAAGGUGGCAGCAGAGAAGAGCAUGCUGACCGGCUAUGACGAAGAGCUCGACAGUCUGCGGGAAGCUGCCAAGGUCAAGCGCCAGCAAAUUGCCGAUUCGGAGCUGGACGAUAAGCGACUCGAGCACGAAAUCGAAAAGCUCACUGGGGAGUGUGCUGGACUGGAAAAGACGAUCAAGCAGUUGGAGGUGCAGUUCGAGUGGAUGCUUGAUGAAGCAGAGUGAGUCGGGGAAGGCCAAGCACCUGUUCAGGUCCACCGCUGAGCACAUGCAUCUCGCCACGCACCCCGCGCGCGCAGUCACUUUGGCAAAGCCGGCACAGCGUACGACUUUGGCAAGCACAAUAUGAACGAGGUCAAGCGGACUUGCAAGAAACUAGAAGAGCAGCAGAGCGGCAUGAAGAAGCGCGUCAACCCAAAGGUCCUCAACAUGAUCGACUCGUGAGUUGCGGCGGCGGUGUUUGCGCACACCAGAGCCGACGCGAUUGACGUCUGCUGCUGCGACCACAGCGUCGAGAAAAAGGAGACGGAGCUCAAGACGAUGAUGUCGACGGUGCAAAAAGAUCAAUCCAAGAUCGAAGAGACGAUUGCGGAGCUGGAUCGAUACAAGCGCGACGCGCUGCAGACCACGUGGGAAAAGGUCAAUGGCGACUUUGGCGAAAUUUUCAACGAGCUCUUGCCGGGCAAUUACGCAAAGCUGCAACCGCCUGAAGGCAUGGACAUUACGCAAGGACUCGAAGUCAAGGUUAGGCUGGGUCAAGUCUGGAAGCAGAGCUUGACCGAACUGAGCGGUGGACAGAGGUAAGCGAGGCGUUGAUCUGAAGAGCUCACCGCCAACGCCCAUCCCGCGCGUCUGCUUAGCUGAAUAUCCACGGCCCAUGCCGCCGGCAGAUCCCUCAUUGCACUCUCGCUCAUCAUGUCGUUGUUGCAAUUCAAGCCCGCGCCAAUGUACAUCCUGGACGAGGUCGACGCUGCGCUCGACCUUUCGCACACGCAGCAUCUGGGACAACUCUUUGGCAGACGUUUUUCUGGCUCCCAAUUCAUCGUCGUCUCUCUAAAAUGA